CUUUUCCCAACUGCAUCUGUUCCGCUACGAUUCAGGACUUGCCCAUGUCGAUUUGAGCUCAAAAUGUCGCUUACUGUGGCCGAGGCAGAACGCCGCUGGCAGAACGCAGAAAAAGGUCCACUUCUUCUCCUACCGCCUCUACUCGAAUACUCAUUCCAUGCUGUAGAGAUCCAUCGGACAUUCAACGCAGAAGAUGAGGAUGAGUACGAUCAACAAGAAACUGCGGUACUGCUAGAAGUGGUACAGCCCCUGGAGCCGGUGAACGCCCAUGUCGUGACGACCAAGAGGAAAGAUUGGCAAGACUACGUGGCGGACGACUACAACCGAUGCUUUGCGGAUGCUUCUAUAUUGUAUCGUCGGGGCGUGGAAGUUGAUCCUUGCACUCAAUGCUCGGCCUCAGCCACGUUUCGACGCUGUGUCAUCGCGCCACCGUUUCGAGGACGUGCAUUGUUUGCUGCUGCGUGUGCGCAUUGUAUCAUAGACGGCAUAGGUGAACAUUGCUGUUACUACAAGGCGUUCAGAGCUCAGAAUGGCAUAGAGUGGGGCGCACCUGUCUCGGAGGAAGUUCGAGGGUAUGGCGGCCUGCGCGAAGCAAUCCAAGCUACUGGACACGACGGUCUUUGGUUUGCUCACGAAGAUGCUGAGGCGGCAAACCUUCCACUAGCUGAUUCAUCUCUACAAUAUGGCCAGGAUGGUGUCGUGCCAGACGAAGCGCAGAGUAACAUGAAGCGCACCGACAUUUCCGAUCACCAAUCCGGGACCAUCUAGAUGAAUCGUGCGGUGGAACAAAAGGCGCGACGUACGCGAGGACGUUGAUGUAUUAGAAUGAACUUUGAGGUGCCCCUCUAUGCCUCUUGCUUACGUGGUUGGAAGAAUUGGGAUUCAUCAUCGAGGCUGACUGCUCAUUGGCGAGAUAAUACACCGGUAUUCUUGCAGAGUGACGAUAGUGAGAUCAAUAUAAUAGAUAUCUGCUGCAGGAGUUUGAUCGAUAG